AUGAAGACAGGCGGCAUUGACGGCCCGUUUUGCGUGACAUGUAAUGGCACCGACGAUCUCCAGGUCUUCGAGACGCACGCAGGAGUGUUUCCCCGAGCUUUUCAUUCUGCCUGCAGUCACGCCACGUGUGGCCCGUGCCUUCGGCAGCUGGUGGUGAGUCAGCUUCCGAAGACCCGCGAGCAUUGGCAGCUGGACAUCCUUUGCCCCGAGCCUGGCUGCCAGAAGCGACUCCCUCAGCGCUUGGUCCUCAGAGUCAAAGAGGCCGAUGACCUUGCGAAGUCCAUCGACAGCGACGGCCUUUGGCCAAGCCUCGGGGACGAGGUUUCGCAGCUCUGCCCCCUCUGCCGGAAGGUUGCGGCAGUGCACGUGAACCCGGCUUGUGGCCACGCAGCUUGCGAGAGCUGUUGGCUCGACGGCCUCGAGGAGAAACUCCGCUGGUGUCGCGAGAAAGCCGCCAUGGACAUCCCGUGUCCGCACCCGGGCUGCGAUGAGGGCUGCUACGAUGUGCUGCGCCACUUCGAGAGCCCCCUCCUGGAGGAGCUCGAGCUCUACGUCCGGGAGGCCAAGGUGCAGCUCGUCGAGUUCUCUCCGUGGUGCGUGCACGGCCCGCCCGGGGCUCCAGGACCGCUCUGUCCGGUGUGCGAGUGCCAUUCCAUGGCAGUGCUGCAUUGCCCUUGCGGCCUUGCGGCUUGUUCGUCUUGCUGGAGAGGCUUUGUGCAGCAGCAGCUGGCUCGGUGCAAAGAAGACUUCAAGUUGAGCCCCCUCGGCUGGUACCCUUGGCGUCCGGGAUGCAGCUGCCAGGAGAGCCUUCUCACGGUGCUGACUCCUUCUCUCACGGAGGGCUUUCAGGAGCAGCGGGCCUUGCUCAAGACGCAGAAGCAUGAGCUGAAGCGCCUUUUUCCCUACGCCGUGCCGCGAGACCUGCGGGCCGGGCCGCCCCCGGCCUGCGUUGUCUGCGGAGAGGACGCGAUGGUUCUGCUGCGCCCACCCUGCUGCCCCAACGAUCAUGCUGCCUGCCAGACUUGUUGGGCACGCUGGGGUGAGGAGCAGAUUGAGGCCUGCCGUCAUGGCCGCCAUUAUCCGGCACGCUGCCUCUGGCCAGGCUGCGAGAGCAAUCUCCACGUGGAGGACUGGCUGUGGCGUCUGCUGAAGUUCUCGCCACGACUCUCCCAGCUGGUGGCAGAGCUUGAUCGCCGUGGGCGUCUACAGCAGAACCGCCUUUAUCCCCCAGCGGUGCAGGUCGACUGCCCCCAGCCUGGCUGCGUGGGCUUGGGCUACCUGGGCUUCGACACGGUGAUGUGCUUCAUCUGCGAGCACCAGUGGGAUGCGACCGAGGGCAUCCUGGGGGAGGAGACGGAGCUGCCCGAGGGAGAGGAGGUGGCCGAGGCUUCCGUCGCCGGAGUUAAAGUCAAGCGAUGCCCGAAGUGCAACGAGUACAUCGAGAAGAACGGUGGCUGCGACCACAUGACCUGCCGCUGUGGCCAUCAGUUCUCCUGGCAGACCCGAAAACCCUGGCGGCCUGGUGGCUGA